GAACAAGAUUCUUUGGAAGAAAUUUUUGAAACGAAGCUACCAAAAAUUUUGAUUGUUACUUUGUUCCGCUCUGUUACUGCGUGUUAGAAUAUCUAUAUACAAUCCUACACACACUUCAAAGGUUAUUGGUGGUUAGCAAAAGAUUGAAAGGUGUUCCGGAUUCUCACUCCCUCGUUGACGUUUCAGACCACUGUAGACCUGAUAACGAGGCCACAAAGUCCAUGGAUGACCGAAAAGGGGAAAAGGGGCCUCUGUCUCUCAAACCUGCAUGCAAAAAUAUCAAAGUGGAAAAAAUAUCAUAUAGUAUCAAAUUACCUGAGGACAAGAAGGUUUUCUGGGGGGCAGCGGAAAAGGCGAAAUAUUUGUCGUUCGAAUCCAGGGUUGUUGCGGAUGGGCACUGUGAUAUAAGUUCCUUUUUAAAAUUUCAGAAAUUAAUUCCUCUAGAUAUCUAUGAAGAAGCGGUAAAAUAUUUUUAUGCAAACCUUAGAAUCUCAAAAGACAGUGGCGAGUUGGAAACUCUAAUUCUAGGAAAAAGAGUUGUUCUUGAUGAUGAAUUUGAGAUGAUAUUUGGUACUAAGUUCUCUGGAAAGUUUGAGUUUUUCUCUAGUGGCUGGCCACAUGAUUUCGAAAUUUCUUUGGAGGAGGGUAAAGUGGUUGUGUCUGAACCCUAUGCUGAUCUUCAGGACUUUGGUCCAACCUGUCUUGAGUUUGAAAAUAGAAUAAUAGCACAUAUUGUCUUCUCCAGCAUGGGGUACUCUUUCGUUGAUGGAAAGUGGACAAGAAAGGAAGAUUCAGAAAGUGAAGUGCUAACAAAAGUAGAGGGAUUGUCAACUUCAAAGAAUGAAGAUGAGACUGAUACUCAGGCUCAACAAGCUAGCGUAUGGGUUAAUCGUGAAGAAGCUAUUGAUAAUAGAGGCAAAAAGCAGACAACAGAUGUGCCGGAAACUUCAAAGAAUAAAACCAAGAAAAAAAAGGGUGUGCGUGCUCUUCAAGAAGAUGAUGAUGAUAUUGAUAAAAUUCUGGCAGAGCUUGGUGAAGGACCAACAGUCUCUGCUCCCGUUCUUUCUGAAGAAAAAAUGCAGGUACAGCCUGAGUCAAAAGAAGCAGUUGAGUCUGCUGCGAAGAAGAAGAAGAAAAAGAAGGAGAAGAAGGAAAAAGAGAAAAAGGCAGCUGCAGCAGCUGUCUCGGGGAUGGAGGAAGAAACAAAGAAUGAUACCAAAGGAAAAUUGCCAGAUAGAAAGCAGUCGAAGCAGGUUAAGGAGAUGCAAGAGAGACUUAAAAAAAUGAAGGAAGCUGAAGAAAGGAAGAAGAAGGAUGAAGAGGAAAGGUUAAGGAAGGAAGAGGAAGAAAGACUUCGACUGGAAGAACUAGAAAGACUUGCAGAGGAGAAGAAGCGCUUGAAAAAGGAGAGGGAGAAGGAAAAGCUCUUGAAAAAAAAACAGGAAGGGAAAUUGCUCACAGGAAAGCAAAAGGAAGAAGCUCGAAGAUUAGAAGCAAUGAGAAAGCAAUUUCUCGCUAGUGGCUGGCCUUCGCCACUCUCAACUGAGGAGAGUAGAAAAGAGGCAACCAAACGGCCCAUUUACCAAACAAAGAAGUCAAAGUCACAAGCUCAGGCUAAUGGCAAAGCCAAGGAAGAGUCCUUCAAAAGAACACAAGUACAAGAAAAUCAGCAGGAGAUUGUCUCUGACGUUGAUGCCAUGGAAACUGAGGAGGUUGAGGAUAUGAAUUCGGUAAGUAUAGAGGAGAAGUCAGAAGUAGCUGAUGCUGAAGAAAACGGAGUUGAGGAAGAUGAGGAAUGGGAUGCGAAAAGUUGGGAUGGUGCCGAUCUUAAUAUUCCUGUAAAGAGUGCUUUUGAAGAUGAAGAGAUAGAUUCAGACCCGCAACCUAUCAUUAAGAAAGAGAUUAAGGCCACAAGGUCAGCUGUUAGUGAUGCAGCGCCACUGCCGGCUGCUGCCAAGUCUGUAAUUAUUCCUACUCAAAGAGCUGCUCCAAGUGUUCCGACUAUCCCUGAGAAUGCUGGAAGUAAGAAGAGAGAGCCUGAGGUUGGGCUUUCUGAAGAAAUUGGUGGCCAAAGCGAAUACAAUCUUCGGUCUCCUAUUUGCUGUAUCAUGGGCCAUGUUGAUACUGGUAAAACCAAGCUUCUUGACUGCAUACGAGGCACUAAUGUUCAAGAAGGCGAAGCUGGAGGGAUCACACAGCAGAUAGGUGCAACUUAUUUUCCGGCUGAGAAUAUACGCGAGAGAACUAAGGAACUGAAAGCAGAUGCCAAUCUGAAGGUCCCUGGAUUGUUGGUCAUUGACACACCUGGACAUGAAUCUUUCACUAAUCUGCGUUCUCGAGGCUCAGGUUUAUGUGAUAUUGCAAUUUUGGUUGUAGACAUUAUGCACGGGUUAGAACCACAGACAAUCGAGUCACUUAAUCUUAUAAAGAUAAGGAAUACAGACUUUAUUAUAGCUUUGAACAAGGUAGAUAGGCUUUAUGGAUGGAAAGCGUGCCGCAAUGCACCUAUUGUGAAGGCGAUGAAGCAGCAGUCCAAAGAUGUUCAGUUUGAAUUUCAUGCGAGGCUUACUCAGGUCAUUACCGAGUUCAAGGAACAGGGUAUAAAUACAGAAUUAUACUAUAAAAACAAAGAUAUGGGAAAAGGUACUUUUAGCAUUGUACCAACUAGUGCAAUCAGUGGUGAAGGGAUUCCAGACUUAUUGUUAUUACUGGUCCAAUGGACAGCAAAGACUAUGGUUGAGAGACUUACAUACAUCAAUGAAGUCCAAUGUACUGUUUUGGAGGUUAAGGUCGUUGAAGGUCAUGGAACAACCAUUGAUGUGAUAUUGGUCAAUGGUGUGCUCCAUGAAGGAGAUCAAAUAGUAGUUUGUGGCAUGCAGGGCCCUAUUGUCACCUCAAUCAGAGCGUUAUUGACACCUGACCCAAUGAAGGAACUUCGAGUAAAGGGAUCAUAUGAGCAUCAUAAAGAAAUCAAGGCUGCACAAGGGAUAAAGAUUAAUGCUCAGGGGCUUGAGCAUGCGAUUGCUGGCGCUAAUUUAUAUGUUGUGGGGCCCGAUGAUGACGUGGAGGACAUCAUAGAAGCAGCUAUGGAAGAUAUGAGGUCGGUGAUGAGCAGGAUCAGUAAAUGCGGGGAGGGCGUUUACGUUCAAGCUUCUACGCUCGGAUCAUUAGAAGCUUUACUUGAAUUCUUGAAAACCCCUGAAGUAAGCAUACCUGUCAGUGGAAUUGGCAUAGGCAACGUGCACAAAAAGGAUGUCAUGAAAGCUAGUGUCAUGCUUGAGAAGAAGAAAGAGUAUGCAACAAUCUUGGCCUUUGAUGUGACAGUAAUACAAGAAGCUAGGGAACUUGCAGAUGAAGUCGGUGUCAAAAUAUUUACCGCUGAUAUUAUUUAUCACUUAUUCGAUCAGUUUAAGUCCUAUAUUGACAACCUCAAGGAAGAGAAAAAGAAGGAAGUUGCUGAAGAAGUAGUAUUCCCCUGUGUGCUCAAGAUCAUACCUAAUUGUGUCUUCAACAACAAGGAUCCAAUUGUUUUAGGAGUUGAAGUUCUUCAGGGCAUUGUCAAGGUCGGGACUCCAAUAUGCAUUCGACAGAGUCUCGUAGAUAUUGGUCGAAUUGCAUCCAUAAAGAAUAACGAUAAGCCUGUUGACUCUGCAAAGAAAGGCCAGAAGGUGUCUAUAAAGAUAGUUGGGUCUAACACCGAGGAGCAACAGAAGAUGUUUGGCAGGCAUUUUGAAAUCGAAGAUGCGCUUGUUAGCAAAAUCUCAAGAAGAUCUAUUGACAUUCUCAAGGCCAACUUCCGGAAUGAUUUGUCCGUUGAAGAUUGGAAGCUAGUUCUGAUACUGAAGGCCUUAUUCAAGAUACAGUGAGACUACUUCUCAAAGCUUUUUUGCAAGUAGCUAUUUUACUUGCGAGCGGUGAUUUCAAAGAUAAACAUGUAUUUAUUCCCAAGAAUAUCAUUAUUAUCAUCGGAGGAUGAAAAAUUACCUAUC